AUGUCACCACUCGUCAGACGUCCAUCUCUCCCCAUCCUUGGAGCAGUGCGCUUCACCAAUGCAGAAGACGAGUCGGCACCAGACCCAACAAACACUCGCAAGCGGCGUCGAACCAGUCACCCGGCACCAUAUCAGAUCACUUCAUACGAACCAAAGCAGCGCAUCUUGCUGCGUGCUGCCAAGGCGACCUAUGCUCUUCGUAUUGCCAUGGUCAAUGCCUACCCAACUCCUGCUGAACGAAUGGACGGUGCUCGAGCCGCAUUCGAUGUAGCUGAGGGAGAGUUUCAUCUGCCGGGCCAGGACAGGAGAUCGAUCGAGUGGUCUCCCAAUAAGUAUCGCUUGAUCACGGACGCUGCAUGGCCUAUACGCAGCCGUGUCAAAGCCACGGCAGCUGCCCUUGUUAGCGUGGUCUAUUGCUUUGAGAUGCCACAGCGCUUAGUGGAUUUGUGGAAUGGGCCAGUUACCACUGCGGAUCAUACUCGUUACAUUUGGGAGCGAGUUGCAUACCUGCUUGAAAAUGGUCAUUAUCUCCGAGGCUCCUUUGGACGCCGCACUUCCAUGCUGUAUGCACACCCCAUUCUUCAACAGAUUAUCAAGCAAUCGUUGUACCGCCCCGCCAAUGCAGAUCAACGUGUCCACUUCUCACCAAUGCCCGCAGGCGCAAUUGCCCUUGCUGCUACUGCUACCUUUAGUGCCCUUGAGGAGUGGAAGACGGGGUUACGUCAGAAGAUCCCCUUCACCGAGGAGAGUUACCGACGCACCUACGCGAUGCACCUCAGGAAUAUCAAAUGCAUGAUUGAUACUAUUCCUGAUCAAGCGGCCUCAUUGAUGAUGAGUAUGGCGGACUACUGCAUCGCAUGCAAUCAGGCCCCUGCGCCCCUACCAAGCGAGAACCAAGACGAACUCAAUGAAUUGGACUUUUUUGGUUUGGACAACAACAUCACUGAUGUUGACAAGGACAAUGCCAGCCUCAAAAUCUUUGAUGCAUAUGACCAGUAA